AUGGCGGCACCGGGGCAGAACCUGGCCGUGGUGGUGCACCGAGCCGGGGACCUGCGCCUGGAAAACCGUCCAAUCCCGGAACCGGGUCCCAAUGAGGUCCUGCUGCGAAUGCAUUCUGUUGGGAUCUGUGGGUCUGACGUUCACUACUGGCAGCACGGUCGAAUCGGGGAUUUUGUCGUGAAGGACCCCAUGGUGCUGGGGCACGAAGCUUCCGGGACUGUCAUCAAAGUGGGAUCAGGAGUGACUCAUCUGAAACCAGGUGAUCGAGUGGCCAUCGAGCCUGGAGUCCCAAGAGAAAUGGAUGAGUUCUGCAAAACUGGCCGCUAUAACCUGUCUCCAACCAUCUUCUUCUGCGCGACGCCUCCUGAUGAUGGGAACUUGUGCCGCUACUACAAGCACAGUGCCAGCUACUGCUACAAGCUUCCAGAUAAUGUCACCUUUGAAGAAGGAGCCCUUAUCGAGCCCCUUUCAGUGGGAAUCCAUGCCUGCAAAAGGGCAGGAGUCACUUUGGGAAGCAAAGUCUUCGUGUCUGGCUCUGGACCAAUUGGCCUUGUUAACGUGCUUGUGGCUAAGAUGAUGGGUGCAGCGGCUGUGGUAAUUACAGAUUUAUCUGCCUCUCGCCUGCAAAAAGCCAAGGAGGUGGGGGCAGAUUUCACCAUUCAGGUGAAGAAUGAGACCCCACAGGAGGUGGCGUCCAAAGUGGAAAGUCUGCUUGGCUGCAUGCCCGAGAUAACUGUGGAGUGUACAGGAGUGCAAGCCUGCAUCCAGGCUGGCAUUUAUGCCACUCGUUCUGGUGGGACCCUGGUGCUGGUGGGGCUGGGGCCUGAGAUGGUCACUGUGCCCAUCGUGAACGCCGCAGUGCGGGAGGUGGAUAUCCGGGGGAUAUUCCGCUACUGCAACACGUGGCCUGUGGCAAUUGCUCUGCUCGCAUCCAAGCGGAUCAACGUCAAGCCCUUGGUGACGCACCGCUUCCCCCUGGAAAAGGCUCUUGAGGCGUUUGAGACCACCAAAAGGGGCGAGGGGGUCAAGGUCAUGCUGAAGUGUGACCCCACCGACUACAACCCCUGAGAUGCCGUGGUGCCCGGCCCUCUCCCCCGGUACACCGCCUGCCUGAGAUGCGAAGCAUGAGGCCGCAGGAGGCUGAUAUAUGGCUGUUGCAUAUUUACACAGGCACCUUAUGCAGGCGCUGCUUUGUAAUAGAGCUAGAAAAUCAAAUGAUAAUGAUGGUGAAUGGCACUGAGGGAUACACUAUUAGAGUAUUACAGGUAACUACAAAUGGAGAACCAAUAGGCAAUAGUUUAAAUCAGAACGCUGCUGUUUGGUUAGAGACGAUGGUUCAUACAGUUGGCUCUUCUCCAGCAGGCCCCACGCGCAGAAGGUCCUGGGUCUCUCUGCAUGUGUCCGGCAGAGCCGCCUGCGUGGCCACGGGGUUUGUGGGCGUGCUGGGGGAGAGUGUCACCAGCUGCAUGGGUGAAGCGAGGAUGGAGAUGCCAGCGCUCCACCUUCUCGCCCCAGCGCUGCCCUAGGGCUGUGCUUGCC